AUGGCGUUCAUGCCAAUGGCGCAACCGAGGGGGAUUGAAAUGUUCCAAAAAGGCAAUGUGCAGUCGGUAUUCGUCCAGCCAUCGGCACCUAGGCCAGUCUCUCAAGCUACGGAGAUGUAUGAUACCGAAUUCGAAGAGGAUCUGAGUGAUUUCGAGGAAUACUCGGGCCGCAGAAGCGAGGAAUCGUUUGGCAACCGAAGCAACACAACGGUGUCGACUUUUGAAGAGAUCCAAACCCCAGCUUUGAAUGAUUUUGGAGGAUUCAAUUUCCAAUUACAGCUACAGCAAGAAAAACAAGGGCCGACAAAGCCUGUUGAAGGACCUAUUGGACCACACCUAUUCCGCAUUUCGCAAGACUCAACCAGAACACAGGAACAUGACAUCUAUCUUGACUGGUCUCCUGUAUUGCCGCAAGACCUCAGCGCUGGUCCCAAACCAAUACUGACGACAGAACGGCAACAGAAAGUCGAGAAGGCUCCUCACAGCAGUGUGCCCCUGCAAGCAUGGACACCCCAACAGGUUGGAUGUUGGAUGACCGCUGCUGGGCUUGAAUCGUCACUAGUGCAGAAGUUCCGCAUGCAUGAUAUCUCCGGCGCGAUACUGAAAGAUCUUCAGUUCGGGGAUCUCAAAGAGCUUGGAAUCGUGUCCUUUGGUCAACGCCAUCAACUGUGGGAUGCUAUACGGAAUCUCAGGGGUGGUCUAAGCGUCCCAUCAACUCCAGCAGAUGACCCAUGUUACUCAUCCACAUCACCCAAUACAUCGGCAGCACCACAACAGCCCAUUCGACAGCGUCGUGCAGAUGACUGCUCCAACCCUUCAAGCCCAGACGACGACAAAGCCAAGUCACCAACGGUAGGACGAAGGCGAGCUCGAAGGGCAGUACGACCUGACGAUGUCAUUUCUCCUGGAGAAUCCGCGUCGAUCGUGGCCAUUGAGCAACUCCUCCCUGAGCCGCAUCAUUGUUCGAAGGGGGAGAAUUGUUCAAAAUAUAAGAAAUACCAGCGCAAGAUGGCAAGGUUUGCGAAAGAGUUCCCCAUGGAAUUGGAGCAGUACCAGGAUGCCAAUGCUGCUCCCAGCGAAGUCAGCAUGCGGCCAAUGUCUGAGGCAGUACCUUCUGUCGUUGCAUCGUCGGACCUCCUAGGACCAGGUCGCUUGCCUGCACUUCGCCUCGAUGAGGAUCUCCUCCGCGUUGUCCAAACCCGCGAUCCUCAAGAGAAUGUCAGGCAGUUCCUCAGCUUCCAGCACCUGGACGAGCCUCCCGAGGAAUCCUCAACAUCUCCGUAUGAAAUGUUUCCUCCGCUUUCGCCACCAGGACCCACACAAGCACCUCAUAGCAACCUGAGCCUGCUUCCCAAGCUGACGAUUCCAACAAUCCAGCCACAGGAUGCCCUUUCUGCUAAUCGCACUGCUGUCCCAUUACGACAAAAUUACACCCCAGUCACAGCUUUGUAUACGAAGAACGAAAACAAUGGCUCUAACAUCUUCAGACUUGGCAGUCCGGCUUCCGCAAUGGACGUUCCCGUCACAGCGAUCCCUCUAGGUCCGAUUGAGCGCGACGCUUCUCAGUCCGUACCACCAAGCAUGCGACUUGGCGGGGACCCCAUCUACCGCUCGAACUCUCGAGCGGACCAUCGUCAACAGUUUCGCCAGCAAUUUUCACCAGUCGAUCGCCGUCAGGCGUUGUCGCCCAUUCCCCGCGCACAGACUGCCAAUCCUAUUGAGCGAUCGAGUUCCCAUCGUCAUCAGCCAAGGUUUGCCAUGGCCCCUUUGCGAGAAACGUUUCUUUCUCCCAUCGAUGGCCAAGACGAAUUGACCCCUACAGCCAACGACGUCAACUAUGCCGGCUGGAUGAAGAAGCGCAAGACGAAAAUGCUCCGUCAUGAAUGGCACGAGAACCACUUCCGUCUCAAUGGCACUCGUCUCGCUAUGCACCGAGAUGAGAAAGUUAACGAUGCUCUUGAGUACAUCGACGUCGACGAAUAUGCUGUCGCUUGUUCUUCGCUUGCAUCAAACAAGCUCAACGCUGCUUUUAAGUCCCUGAAGCUUAGCAGUAAAAAGAAAGACGGCGAUGAUCAUUCAGCAUUUAGCUUCCAACUCGUGCCCGCAGCCGAGAAGAAGGGCAUUCUUGGCGCAGCGACUGGAAAGACGCACCACUUCGCCGUCAAGUCUCGCGACGAGCGCAUCGACUGGAUGCGUGAGCUUAUGCUCGCUAAAGCAAGACAGCAGAAGGCUGAUGGGUGCGAGAUCAACGUCAAUGGCAGUAUGAUCUAG